UUGCGUAGUCUUACCACGGUUCUCCCUGUCUGCCUGCCUCUCUCUAUGGACGGCCAGAGGGGAGAAGAGGAAACUGGGAUUGUUGUCGGGACCGCAGCGCUUUUCCAGGCCCUAGCGAUGAUUUAAUCACGGAAAACCGGGGUGCGGGGGGAAAAAGGAGAAGGAGAAAGACGAAGAGGAGAGAAGGAGCAGCAUCAGUCGUUGGAGAUGUGCCGUCGGGCCGAGAUUGCGGCGGUAUCCCUGUCUAGUUCUGCACUGAGCAGAUUGUUCUGAAAGGAAACGGAUAACAAACAGGGGAAGUGAAUAUGGCAGGGACCUCGGGCUUCUUUUCCAACGGACCUGUUCCGUGGAUGGACAACGACACAGAGAUGAACAACCUGUACCGAGACCUGGAGCUGGGGACAGUACUGACACUGUAUUAUUCAAAGAAGUCCCAGCGGCCAGAGAGAAAGACAUUUCAAGUCAAGCUGGAGACCCGGACUAUUAUCUGGACUCGGGGCUCGGAUAAAAUAGAGGGAGAGAUUGACAUUCGAGAGAUCAAGGAGAUCCGUCCUGGACAGAAGUCCCGGGACUUUGAGCGCUAUGUGGAGGACUCGACAACACGGCCGGACCAGGCUCACUGCUUUGUCAUCCUGUAUGGCACCGAGUUUCGCCUUAAAUCACUCAGCCUGGCAGCAACGACUGAUGAGGAGAUGACCAUGUGGGUGAAGGGGUUAAACUGGCUUGUGGCCGACACGCUGAAGUCACCGACACCGCUUCAGAUAGAAAGGUGGUUACGCAAGCAGUUCUACGCAGUUGAUCGCAACAGAGAAGACAGGAUAUCCUGUAAGGAUCUGAAGAGCAUGCUGGGCCAGGUCAACUACAGGGUACCUAACAUGAGGUUCCUCCGAGAGAAACUUCCGGACUCAGAGCUGAGAAAUGGAGACGUGUCCUUCAGUCAGUUUGCCCAGCUCUAUCGCAGCCUCAUGUUUGAUGCUCAGAAAAACAUGGAAAUCCCAUUUCUGCAAAGGUUCAUUGACAGACCAGAACAGAGGAUCUCCCUAGAGGACUUCAAGUGCUUCCUCCUGGAGUCUCAAAAGGAACUGUGGGCUACAGACAACAACAAGGUUCAGGAAUUCAUGUUUGGCUACCUGAAAGAUCCCCUGAGGGAAGUGGAGCAGCCUUAUUUCCACCAAGACGAGUUCCUGACGUACUUGUUCUCCAAAGAGAACACCAUCUGGGAUUCUUCCCUGGACCAAGUGUGUCCUGAGAAUAUGAACAACCCCCUGUCCCACUACUGGAUCUCCUCUUCGCACAACACCUACCUGACGGGAGACCAGUUUUCCAGCGAGUCUUCCCUGGAGGCGUACGCUCGCUGUCUGAGGAUGGGCUGCCGCUGUAUUGAAUUGGACUGCUGGGAUGGUCCAGAUGGAAUGCCAGUCAUCUACCACGGACACACCCUCACAACAAAAAUCAAGUUUUGUGAUGUCCUGACUACCAUCAAAGAGCACGCUUUUGUCACAUCCGACUAUCCCAUCAUCCUGUCCAUAGAGGACCACUGUAGUAUUGUGCAGCAGAGGAAUAUGGCCACUUACUUUAAGAAGGUGUUUGGAGACAUGCUGCUGACCAAGGCGGUGGAUAUUGCGGCAGACGGCCUGCCCUCACCCAGCCAGCUCAAGAGGAAAAUCCUCAUCAAGCAUAAGAAGCUUGCAGAAGGCAGCGCCUAUGAGGAGGUGUCCACCUCCACUCCCUACUCAGAGAACGAUAUCAGCAACUCCAUCAAAAAUGGCAUCCUGUACCUGGAGGACCCUAUUAACCAUGAGUGGUACCCUCAUUUCUUUGUCCUGACCAGCAGCAAGAUCUACUACUCAGAGGAGACCUCCAAUAACCAGGGUAACGACGAUGAGGAGGAGCACAGAGAGGUGUCCAAUGGUAUGGACCAGCACGUGACAGAGAAAUGGUUCCACGGGAAGCUGGGCGCAGGGCGGGACGGGCGGCAGAUAGCCGAGAGGCUGCUGUCUGAGUACUGCCAGGAGACCGGAGCUCCUGAUGGCUCCUUCCUGGUCCGAGAGAGCGAGACCUUUGUGGGAGACUACACACUGUCAUUCUGGCGUUUGGGGCGGGUGCAGCACUGUCGUAUCCACUCGCGUCAGGAGGCAGGCAGCCCCAAGUUCUACCUGACUGACAACCUGGUGUUCGACACGCUCUUUGCCCUGAUCACCCACUACCAGCAGGUGGCGCUACGCUGCAAUGAAUUUGAGAUGAAGCUGACCGAGCCGGUGCCUCAGACCAAUGCCCACGAGAGCAAAGAGUGGUACCACUCCAGCGUCUCCAGGAGCCAAGCUGAGAACAUGUUGAUGAGGGUUCCCCGUGACGGGGCUUUUCUCGUCAGGAAGAGGGCAGAACCCAACUCAUAUGCCAUUUCCUUCAGGGCUGAGGGUAAGAUAAAGCACUGUCGUGUGCAGCAGGAGGGUCAGACCGUGGUGCUGGGCACCUCAGAGUUUGACAGCCUAGUAGAUCUCAUCAGCUACUAUGAGAAGCACCCCCUGUACCGUAAAAUGAAGCUGCGUUACCCCAUUAAUGACGACACACUGGAGAAGAUAGGCACCGCUGAGCCAGACUACGGGUCACUGUAUGAGGGCAGGAAUCCAGGCUUUUACGUGGAGGCCAAUCAAAUGCCAACAUUCAAGUGCACGGUGAGAGCCAUGUACGAGUAUAAAGCCCAGAGAGACGAUGAGCUAUCCUUUACCAAGAACGCCGUCAUCUCUAAUGUGGACAAACAGGAAGGAGGAUGGUGGAAGGGUGACUGUGGAGGGAAGAAGCAGCUGUGGUUUCCUGCUAACUACGUAGAGGAGAUCAGUCCAUCAGCAGCAGAACCUGACAGAACUGAGAUGACAGAGAACAGCCCUCUGGGAGAUCUGCUGAGAGGAAGUGUGGACGUGUCUUCCUGUCAAGUUGCUAUACGUAAUGACGGGAAGGGCAGCAGGUCCCAUGUCUUCUCCCUCAUGCCGAAUACCUCCUUGCGGACAGGUCCGGUGCUGGACAUUGCUGCCAGCAGCCAAGAAGAGCUCAAGGAAUGGGUGGUCAAGAUUCGUGAGGUCACCAUGACCUCAGAGGCCAAGCUGGAAGAGGGGAAGAUGAUGGAGAGGAGGAAGAAGAUUGCACUGGAAUUAUCCGAGCUGGUCAUCUACUGUAGGCCUGUGCCGUUUGAUGAAGAUAAGAUUGGCACAGAGCGGGCCUGUUUCCGGGACAUGUCAUCCUUCCCCGAGACCAAGGCAGAGAAGUACGUCAACAAGAUCAAGGGAAAGAAGUUCUUGCAGUACAAUCGACUACAGCUGUCCAGGAUCUACCCCAGAGGCCAGAGACUAGACUCCUCUAACUACGACCCACUGCCGAUGUGGCUCUGCGGGUCUCAGCUGGUAGCGCUCAACUUCCAGACAGCAGACAAGCCCAUGCAGAUGAACCAGGCCCUGUUCAUGUUGAACGGAAAAAGCGGCUACGUCCUUCAGCCGCCCAUUAUGAGGGACGAUAACUUUGAUCCAUUUGACAGACAUACAGUACGAGGCCUUGAACAAGUCACUCUAGAGAUAGAGGUUUUGGGCGCCCGGCACCUGCCCAAGCACGGACGUGGCAUAGUUUGUCCUCUGACCGAGAUCGAGGUGUGCGGGGCAGAGUACGACAGUGCCAAGCAAAAGACAGACUCAGAAGCUGAUAACGGUCUGAACCCCACGUGGCCCCGAAAGUCAUUCCAGUUCACAGUGUGCAACUCUGCUUUUGCCUUCCUGCGCUUUGUGGUUUAUGAGAUUGACAUGUUCAAUGACCAAAAUUUCCUGGCUCAGGCCACAUUCCCCAUUCAUGGUCUCAAGACAGGUUACCGGUCAGUACCUCUGAAGAACAGCUACAACGAGGAUCUGGAGUUGGCUUCUCUCUUAGUCCACAUGGAUAUCAUCAGAGGCAAUGAUGAAAACGGGGAGGUUCUGAGCCCGUUUCUUGCGGUCGGGGCCACGUCAGUGUCAGCAUCUGCCCAGGCAGGGCGGGAACGUUUGGGGGAUUUGAGUUCUUCGACUUCCUCCAGCAUGUCUGCUCUGCCCCAGUCGCCAGCCCAGGCCAUGGCCUACAGGGGGAGGGAGGGGUCCUUUGAAUCCCGCUACCAGUCCCCUCUAGAUGACUUCAGGGUGUCCCAGGAGACACUGUUGGACCACAUGGACCCACAGAACAGAAGGAUGUUGCGGAGGACCAGAGUGGGCGGAGAGAACCGAGUCUAAGUCCAAGCCAACCAGGACGCAUUUCUGUUGCGCACCCCCACCCCCACUCCUCCUCCUUCUCCUCACCCAGUCGCCUCUCCCCGUACUGAUGAUGUCACUGACUGCUGUGAACACUGUUUCCAUGGAAACGCCCACCACCGCUUUGGCCUACAUUUCAGGCAGCUCUCCCUCCCUCCGUUCUCCAACACCCCUCACCCCUCUGUCUCCCCUCCCUGCCUCCUUGCCACUGGCCUGACUAGAAGAAGGGACUCGGACAUAAGAGGAGGAGAGGGGUGGGGGUGGGAGGGGGGUGCUGAGAGGAAGCUGACCGCCGCGGACAGGAAGAAGAAACGGACAUUCACAGGAGAACAAAAACAAGGCUGAACAAGUUCCAGCUCUGGACUGGUCGUUUGCGGGGCGGGUUGUCCUCUCCUCUGUUUUUAGGUGUGCACAACAGCUGCUUAGUUAGGAGGCUAAGAGGAGGGAAAGAGAGAGCUCUAAAAGGUAUCAGUUUGAAACUGUUUCUCGGUUAAGUUUCUUUGCUCUUCUCUAUUUGGCGUAUAUGAAUAUAUAUAUUUAUUCCUGCGAUGCUGUUGGUCAGAGAACAGCAGCAGCUGACCUGCUCUCAAAGAGCUCCUGUCUCCAUGUUUUUAAUUAUUAUAAUUAUUUAAACCUUUAAACAUUCAUAAUGUGACUUUUCUUUUUUUUUUUUUUUUUUAUGUAUAUGUGUAAAACACGAGGGCUCUCUACAGCUAUUUUUAAUGUCUCUCUCUCUUUGCUUUGUGGAGGAGUGCGUCUCCAGUCUAACACCCUAAUCCUGGAGGGUUAUUUAAUUCUUUUUUUGGAAGGCAUCAGGAAGAAGUCAUAACCUGUUUGUAUUGGAAGCAGUGGAGAAAAAGGCAGCAUCAUAUGUCUACACACACACACACACACACACACACACACACACACACACACAACCCACACACACACACACAGCCAUCCUUUUUUUUUUUUUUUCUUACAUUCCAAAAAAAAACUGCACAUCAUUCCAUUUUCCUGCGUUGCAGGCGCCUUUACAAGCCAGUCUGACACAUUCAAACAUCAGUCUCCCUCAGCGAUAGUCUUACUCUUCAGUGAUCAUGUGCGUAAGGAAAGUUAACACCUUACUGUGUGAUGAAGCGGGACCAGGGAUACGUGUCGACCCUGAAAUGGGGGUUGUGUUCUCAGCUUUGAAUGGUAAUUGUGUUCAAAAUUGACAGAUUUAUUUCUCUUUCAGAUUUUUGCUUUUAGCAUCUUCCUGUGUGUUUUUUAGGCGUUUUAAUGGCAGCCCAGUUGUCUUGUCAACCAAGAGAUAGUACAUAAGUCUGCAAACAAAAAUGACAUAACUCAUAACUCAGCCGGAUAAUGUGGACAAUGGUGGACAGUGGUUUGGGGAACACAAUUAUGCACUCACAUGCUAAAACAUUUUUUUAGGGAACAUGGUAAGUGGUUCAGAUUUGUCUGUAUACCAUAAAAACUGUAAUUAUGGGAACUUGAGAUGGAGAUUGUUGUACAAUUACAUGUUUAACUGUGCAGCCCUGUGUUCCCAGGAUUUCUAAUUGAAUGUUUUUGGAAAUGUGGAUAUUUUUAUCGACAUUUCAAGUUUUAAAACAAAAUGAUGGCCCCUUUAUUCAUUGUUUUAAUUUGCUCCCAAGAGCUACUAUAACUGACACAGCUCUGUGGCUGGAGUGAACGUAAAAACCGUCACCCUUUUUAAUUCAGAAUCUUUUUGGAAGUAUGUUUUAGUACCAGACGCCAACAGAUGUCUCCUGAAGUGAUUUUAAAGGUGUUUUACUGCGACCAGUGAGUUUUAGUUUUAAUUUGUCAACAUUUCUACAAUAGGAGUUUCCCGUGUUGGAUGUAGAAAAGAAAAGCAGUGAGCAAAGGGAGAAGGAUUGCAUUGCCGGAGUAAGGCGUAAGGAAAUCAUGCCAUAUUGUUUGCCCUGCUGGUAAUGUUUUUGCAGCACCCUCACAGACAUAAGGGACCUUUUGUGUUUGUGCUGCCACGAUGCUCUGGUGGGUUUUGCCACAGCACUAAGCUGCUUUUCAGAAACCUGUGAGGAUUUUAAAUCACACUGCCAUGAGAUACAGUUACAUUGCCACUGCCCGUGAAUUUAUUUGUAGUGAAAUGUGCAAAAAGUGGAGACUUUGCGUAAACGGCUGCUGCCAAAUGCUAACGCGCCACAAUUCAUCAUUAUCAACUUUAGAUCCUCAUUCUGGCUUCUACUCAUAAACGUUAUUCUAACUUGGUAAUUAAGACUGCUUUUGAAUGUCGGUGCCCUUAAAUGUGCAAACGUACGUGCAGGGAGUUCUCAUUUCCUGUGUGUGUUUUUUUUUUUUUUUUGUUGUGGAGGGACAGGCUGAGUCUAAGCUUUAGACUUUUUUGUAGCUGUGUUUCUGUGGCUGAUGGAUGAAAAAUGUGCCUGGGGUGGGGGUAGGGGUGUGGAGUUCUGGGCCUUCAGUGAGCCCAUAUAACCGAUGGUGUUAUCUUUCCAGGUUUGUAUCAGAAACAGUGUUUUCUCUGUUCGUAUGUGAUGACUCUGUGAUUUAAACUCAGUAUUCUCACUCAGUGUUUGACCACUGAGACACACCUAAGCCAUAUGGUAUGAUUUAAAGUAAAAGCAGGGACAGGAGUGAAUACUUAAGGUGUCACCGAAAAUUUUUUGGCAUCUUUUUUUUUUUUCCUUUGUGUGUGUGUGUUUGCACGCCAAUAUUAAUCCCAAAGCUCCUCCAUAUUACUUUUUUUUUUUUUCCUCCAGUGGUCGAUGUAUGGUCUUUGUGGAGAGCUCUCCCUCCAAAUGCUGCAUUUCUCUUACUGCUGACCUGUCUGCUCACGUCUAUGUGCCUCCGUCUGUGUACACAUCACAUUAAAGCCACAUCAUUCACCUGCCCUGCUGGGCUUAAAGCACCUGCACAGCCAUGGUACACCCACACGGGUGUUGUCACUUAUUUUGACUGGUGAAGCUUCCUGUCAGCACUGUGUGAGCACGUACCGACCAUGUUUGACAGACGUGUUUGACUGACGUGUUCCUGACUCUCCUGUUUGGUUUGUCGUACUUGUUGUGGCGGGACAGCAAACCAUAAAGAGGUCGACUCCAGCAGAAUAACUAAGAAGACCUGUGUGGCUGUACAGGUCAUUUGUUUUUGCUUUUUUUUUUUUUUUUUUUCCUCCAAUCUUGUCUGUUUUGUUACUGACAGUCUCAUUUACAGUCGCCUUUCUGUAAUGUGCCUAAACUAUGGAGAGGAAAAGUAUUCAUUUUAAUUUUGCCUUUCAUAUGAAACAUAUUCAAGCCUGAAAAGUAAAUAAAAUACUUACUACUUUAUACUACCUUAUCAUAUAUUCUUUGCCUUGUAAAGGGGAUUUAAUGUCGGG